AUGACUAGAUCGGAGAAGUCUCGACGAUAUGCUCGUGCACGACGUAGAAGCAGCAGUAGUAGCGAUUCUUGCGAGAUCCGUCGCAAGAAUGCGAUAUCGUCGACCACCACUUUGCUUAGUAAACACUUCACUAAGGAGCAGGAGAUGGUGGAGAUUCGUGAAAUGAAUUUGCUCAUCUCUAUGAAUCCCGUGGCGAGUUAUUGCUUGUUCUUUGGGUGCAAUAACCCAGAAAACUUGCUAAUGAAGAGUGAUGUACUUGAUGUGUUCGCUGUCGAGAGGAGCGGCAUUGAGGCUAUGAUUGUAGUCAUGUAUGACUCAGAGAAAGGUGAAUUAAGUGAAGAGAAUACGUGGAAGAAGCGUCAGAAAUGUGUGGGAAUGCGUAGGAAGGAAGUGGAUGAUAGUGUAACAGAUCUGGCCGGUCACACGUGGGCUAAUGUGAACGGCGGAUUAUUUUGCUACUUUACUGUUCUGAUUGAAAGUUCCGACGAGGUGAAGCGGAUGAAAAAGUUUCAUGACAUCCAAAUAAUGAGAAAUUUAGAAGCGGAGAAAUUUUGUCAUGUUGGCAAAGAUAUCCCUUUGAUGAUGUACGAUCGCAUUACUGAUUCGGAGGCAGCUUACUCUUUCAAGAUGCGGCCGAUUGGAAUAAGAUGGAGAGAUGAAGCGACCCUAGCUCGUAUAGCCUACAACUACACGCAGCGCAUGGAAAUGAGAGAGAUUACAAUAAUGCCAUUAAUGACAGAAAGACAGCGUACCCAUCCCGUCCAUAUUUCUGGACAACUACUACCAACUACCUCUACGUCAUUUUCAGCACAGAAUCAUGAUGAUCCUUCAUUAGAGGACAUUGAGCUAAUUGACGUUCUUUGGCGAAGUGAUAUCGCAGCUGAAAAAGGUGCUCGACAUGUGGAGCCUGCCGAGCAAUACGAACGCGAUUUGCAGUUACUCACCGAGAAGAGUCUCUAUUCGGAUCUCUCCAAAGUCUACUUUGAAGAUUUUUGCGUCGCACCGCACUUGUUUCGAUCUGGGGUGAAGGGUUAUCCCCAGACCGCUUUACGUUCGGAGUCAUUUCAGUUGGAAGACGGACCUGUCGAAAAGCGCCAGGAAGAUCUCGCUGAACUUCUCGCCGAUGUUUCAAAAGAGGAUGGAGAACUAAAUCGACUGGCUUGUUCUGACCCUCAUUCAUGUGCAUACGAUUUUGAUACGUUACCUGUGCAAUUUCGAGCUUUGCAAUUUUGGAUGUCAAAAACGAUUUUUGGUCAAAUUUUCUUUUAUGGGUUUAAACUCGGUCGUAGUGCAGCAGAGGCUACUCGAAACAUUAGUGUAGUUUGGAGUGAAGGUAAUAUUGGUGAAUCAACAGUGCGAACAUGGUUGCGGAAAUUCCGAUCAGGUGAUUUCGACCUCGAAGUCUCCGAAAUGUCGUUAAUGCAACAACAACAACAAAUCGCGAUAGAUGCGGUAUUAUCUCCAUCAGCACCAACUACUCUCUAUAAUGAAACAUCGGCUCCCAGUUUCUGGAUGCAGCAAGCUGAAGUGGCUCCAAGUGAUAUAUAUCCAAACAACGGUUUCAUGACGUUUCAAAACGAUACGGAAGAACAAGUGAUCUCUACAGGAAGCCAAUAUGACCAUCAGUAUUAUGUCGGUCCUUACCGAGAACAUCGAGAUGAGAACCCAGCAGACCUAUUACAGCCCAUAUUUGAUCCAUAUUACUCAGCGAGGACAGCUUCGUUCAGUAGAUAUUUUGGAAAACUGGCGCCGAGAGGAGUUGAUGAAGUGGUAGCACAUCCGAGCACGUGCGGGUUUAAUAACGACAGUAUCGUUGAUGAUCUUUGCAGUGUGGCAGCAGUACCACGAAAGCGAGGACGUCAAUCCAAAGACGAACAGCUAGCUGCAGCCAAUAGGUUGCCAUUGUCGGCUCGAGAAAUAUCUGAAAUGACAUUGGGAGAGCUACAUAAAGUACUCAAAAAUUUAAAUCUAACCGAACAUCAAAAACAACUGAUACGCAAAAUUCGUAGGAGAGGAAAGAACAAGUUGGCUGCACGCACCUGCCGCGAACGACGCGGUGAACGACAUCGAUGUUUAAACGAAGCUGAGACACAGUGGAAAGAGCUGUGCAUUCUGGCCAUGUACUAUUUUCUUGAUAUUUAUGAGUUCUAUGUGAUGGGAGAUGACACUGCGUUACGUUGCGUAGCGAAGCGGGUUACUGUAUGA